UUCAUAUUGCAAUAGAUACCUUGUAUUCACAAAUAUCUCACUGCAUUAGAAAACAGAACAGUAACCAAGCAAGUUAGCUGCCUUGUUUUUAUCUUGAGAUUCGACCUUGCAAGACCAUGGAAUCUUAUUCCUCUUCUUACUCUUCAUCCAAAUCUUCAUACAUGUCCCAAACUUCUGAGGAGUCAAAGGGGCUGAAAAAUGCAUACCCUUAUCAGUCUCAUUCCUUGCUUCAUUCUGUGAGGAAGACACCUGCAAAGUCAUGGAAAAAGAAGUUACCAGUGGCACCAAUGCCUCCAACACCUGUUAAGAUCUACAAGGUGGAUCCUAUCAACUUCCGAGAACUUGUUCAGCAGCUUACUUGUGCACCUGAGUUCAAACCUUCUCAUCAACCUCAUGAACAAGUUCUUCAAAGCAUCGAAAAUGCUACCACUAACUCUUCCUUUCAUGUUCAUUCUGCUCCAGUGCAAAACACUUCAAUCAGAGACACUGCUGCAUUGACCCUACCAAUACCAUUACCAGUGUGCACUAACAACUGGUACCAGGGCUUGCAAUCUGAAGCUUUUGAUGUGAAUUCUCAGGAGACUGUUGCUGAUAGGGCAGUAAUACCUGCUUGGCUGGAAAUGCUUUUGUUUUCACCAACUUCUUUUAGUAAUGGGUGUUUCUUUCCUCCUUUGAGCCCAAAAAUAAUGUGACUUGUUUGAAAGUAACCUUUUAGAAUGGAUUUUGUACCUUAUCUAUGUCACUACUGUAUCGGAUAUGUAGAUAAUGGAGUCAUCCCAGCAUCAGCGGCCUCUGGACUCCUGCAGCUGCUGUGUUUACACCAUUCUUAUAUGAAUAAGCUAUUGCUUUGUAAUUUUGUCAUGUUAUGUCAUUUUUUCUGUACUGUGCUGCAGUUUGUAAAUGUGCUAUUAUUAUGUAAUUUUGUCAUGUUCUGUCAUUUUUUCUCUA